AGCACAGCCCGCCACUCGGCAGCAUCCUUUGCAUGGUCCGCCUGUGCACGUGAGGGAACCGAAACGCAGAGGAGUCGGUUGUUCAAAGUCACGCAUCAAACGACUGCUGGGCUUGGGAAUGGAACUUUGCAAGCUGUUGGGUUUUGAGCUCUUGCUUUAACCGCUAAAUGUGCCGUUUUCCACUAGAUGCUUCCUCAGACAACAACCGAAAACAUAGCGGGUUGACUCUGACUUGCCUGAAAGGCUGCUUAAAGUUUCCAGCAGGGAACGGCUCUGGAGCCCUCCCUUCAGGUGCUUUCCGUACUCCCUGCCGUUCUCUUCCUCUCUCUAGCAGUGCCGGUUUCCUCCCAGCCGAGGUUGUAGCUAAGCAGUGAGCAGGAUGCCCCCGGGCAUUUACUGCCCUAUGGAAUUCUGGUCCAAGGGGGAAAACCAAAACAUCCAGGUGGACUUUCUGCUGCCAACAGGCAUAUACUUGAAUCUCUCUGUGCCCUGCAAUGCCAGCUUGGGCACCAUCAAACAGGUGGUGUGGAAGCACGCUCAGUAUGAGCCACUCUACCAUAUGCUCAGUGAUCCCGAGGCCUACGUCUUCACGUGCAUCAACCAGACAGCCGAACAGCAAGAGCUGGAGGAUGAGCAGCGGCGCCUUUGUGACAUCCAACCCUUCCUGCCCGUCCUGCGGCUCGUGGCUCGAGAAGGUGACAGAGUCAAGAAGCUUAUUAACUCCCAAAUCAGCCUGCUUAUUGGGAAAGGUUUGCACGAAUUUGACUCUGUGCAGGAUCCAGAGGUGAAUGAUUUCCGCACCAAAAUGUGCCAAUUCUGUGAGGAGAGAGCAGCAAAGCGGCAGCAGCUCAGCUGGGCAGCUUGGAUGGAGUACAACUUUCCCUUGCAGCUUGAACCCAUGGCCAAAGGCCUUGGAACUGGACUCUUGCACACACCCACCAAGAACAUUUUUGUCAACGUCAAGUUUCAGUCUGGCGGGGAGAGCUUCACUUUCCAGAUCUCCCCAAAUGAGUUCCCCAUCACAUUAAUGAGCUACGCUGUCAAGAAGCAGGCUACUGUCUUCCGCCACGAGACAAUGGAGAACCCAGAGGACUACACACUGCAGGUGAAUGGGAAGUAUGAAUAUCUCUAUGGGAACUACCCCCUGUACCAGUUCCAGUACAUUCGUAGCUGCCUGCACCGAGGCUUGACACCCCACCUGACCAUGGUACACUCAUCCACUAUUAUUGCUAUGAGAGAUGAGCAGGUCAACAGUAUAGCCAACCCCCCAAAGAUGGCAGUGAAGCCUCCCCCACUCCCUAAGAAAAAGCCAAACUACGGUUCUCUCUGGUCCUUGGAGCAGUCCUUCUACAUUGAACUAGUGCAAGGCAGCAAGGUCAAUGCGGAUGAGAGAAUGAAGCUGGUGGUGCAGGCAGGUCUCUUUCAUGGCAAUGAGAUGCUGUGCAAAAUGGUGUCAAGCUCUGAAGUGAACGUGUGCUCAGAGCCAGUGUGGAAGCAGAGGCUGGAUUUUGAUAUUAAUAUCUGUGAUCUCCCUCGUAUGGCACGGCUCUGCUUUGCACUCUAUGCUGUCAUCGAGAAGGCAAAGAAAGCACGAUCCACCAAGAAGAAGUCCAAGAAAGCUGACUGCCCCAUUGCCUGGGUGAAUGUCAUGCUCUUUGAUUACAAGGACCAGCUGAAAACAGGGGAGUGCUGCUUGCACAUGUGGUCAUCCUUCCCAGAUGAGAAAGGUGAACUUCUGAACCCCAUGGGCACGGUGCAGUGCAACCCCAACACAGAAAGUGCAGCAGCUUUAGUCAUCUGCUUCCCCAACAUUGCAUCGCAUCCUGUGUAUUAUCCAUCAUUUGAGCAGCUGCUGGAGUUGGGGAGGAAUGGAGAACAACCCCGCUCUGCACCAGAAGAUCCAGAGGAGAAGCUGCAACUGAAGGAAAUAUUGGAGCGGAGGAGCCACACUGAGCUCUAUGAGCAUGAGAAAGAUCUGGUGUGGAAGAUGAGAUAUGAUAUCCGUGACCAAUACCCACAAGCUUUGGCAAAGCUCCUUACCAUCACCAAAUGGAACAAGCAUGAAGAUGUGGCCCAGAUGAUUUCCCUGCUUCAGACCUGGCCAGAGUUGCCUGUCCUGAAUGCCUUGGAGCUGUUGGAUUUUAGCUUCCCUGACCGUUAUGUUGGCUCCUUUGCUAUCAACUCAUUAAAGAAGCUGACAGAUCAUGAAUUGUUCCAAUAUCUGCUGCAGCUUGUCCAGGUGCUCAAGUAUGAAUCCUACUUAGACUGUGAAUUAACCAAGUUCCUGCUGGACAGGGCUCUAUCCAACCGUAAGAUCGGCCACUUCUUGUUCUGGCACCUCAGGUCAGAAAUGCACGUCCCUGCAGUUGCCUUGAGGUUUGGCUUGAUCCUGGAAGCAUACUGCAGAGGCAGCACCCACCAUAUGAAGGUUUUGAUGAAACAGGGAGAAGCACUCAGCAAGAUGAAAGCUCUGAAUGAGUUUGUUAAAUUGAGUUCUCCAAAGGCCACCAAGCCUCAAGCCAAGGAGAUGAUGCAUGUGUGCAUGAAGCAGGAAACUUACCUCGAAGCACUUUCCCACCUCCAGUCCCCUCUGAACCCCAGCAUUAUCCUCACUGAAGUUUGUGUGGAUCAGUGCACAUUUAUGGAUUCCAAAAUGAAGCCCUUAUGGAUUGUUUUUAAUAAUGAAGAGACAGGUGGAGGUGGAGUGGGUAUCAUUUUUAAAAAUGGAGAUGAUCUUCGUCAGGACAUGCUGACUCUGCAGAUGAUCCAGCUGAUGGACGUCCUGUGGAAGCAGGAGGGCCUGGACCUGAGGAUGACUCCUUAUGGCUGCCUCUCCACAGGAGACAAGACUGGGCUGAUAGAAGUAGUCAUGCAUUCUGAUACCAUCGCUAACAUCCAGCUGAACAAGAGCAACAUGGCUGCCACUGCAGCCUUCAACAAGGAUGCACUGCUAAACUGGCUGAAAUCCAAGAACCCAGGUGAUGCUUUAGAACAAGCCAUAGAGGAGUUCACUCUUUCCUGUGCGGGGUACUGCGUGGCAACCUAUGUGCUGGGGAUCGGCGACCGGCACAGCGAUAACAUCAUGAUCCGCGAAACUGGCCAGUUGUUCCAUAUUGAUUUUGGUCACUUUCUGGGGAACUUCAAGACCAAAUUUGGUAUUAAUAGAGAACGAGUUCCUUUCAUCUUAACCUAUGAUUUUGUGCACGUCAUCCAGCAAGGAAAAACAAACAACAGUGAGAAGUUUGAAAGGUUCAGGGGUUAUUGUGAAAAGGCCUACAUGAUUCUGAGGCGCCAUGGUCCUCUCUUCCUGCACCUGUUUGCACUGAUGAAAGCUGCUGGCCUGCCAGAGCUCAGCUGCUCUAAGGACAUCCAGUACCUGAAGGAUUCCCUGGCUCUUGGUAAAACGGAUGAAGAGGCACUGAAACACUUCAGACUCAAGUUUAAUGAAGCCCUGCGAGAGAGCUGGAAAACCAAAGUGAACUGGCUGGCACACAAUGUAUCCAAAGAUAACAGACAGUAGAGGGAUGGAGUCAGUCAGCCUGCACACUUGCUCCAAGAGAAUGUACAACCACUUGCACUGAAUCCAACCACUGUAGACUGGUUUUAGAAGACUGAUGAAUGUUGCCGUGUUUAAGAUCCCUCACCUGUGGUUCCAGAGAUCACAUCUUUCUGCCUAACUGAAAGUUGGACUGCCAUCAACUGCAUAAUCAUGCCUUCAGCAGAUCUUUGGGUGGCAAGGGAGAGGCACAAGGCAAUAAAAUUACUGCAAACAGUGAAA